AUGACAGGACUGACAGGAAGAGCAUGCAGGGUUGGAGCGGACUCCCGGGCUGGAGCGGGCUCUGGAGCGGACUCACUGGCUGGGACGACCCCUAUGUUCACAGACACUGGAUGGGUGGCUAUCUUGCCCUGCAAAUAUAAAAAUAAAUGUAGAAUUCUUUUUCUUUUUCUGUUAGGACAAUAUUUAGGUCAAGAUCUGCAGAUCCCUGAGCCGCCUAAUAAAACAGAAGGAGACAUUGUGGUGUUCGCUCCUGAUAACCCCCCACCCUCCACAUCGAUUUUUAUAACUCAAUGGUUUUUUGCUACAACACCUAUAAUUACAGUAGUGUCUGGUGUAGCUACAGUAACCCCCGCAUAUGAAGGCAGAGUCAGUUUUGACAACAACACUCUCGCUCUGACGCUGCUGAGUGAUUCUGGAAUAUAUGGACUGACUGUAAUAACUAGUGCUGGAGGGGCACUUACAGGAGAAACUUCACUACAAGUGUUCGAACCUUAUGUCAGGCUUAUUGGUCCAGAGGACCCAUUAAUAGAGGGCGACUCAUCUGCUAACAUCAUCUCUGAGGGAACUGGCAUCAUCACCUCUGUGCAGUGGAUGAAAGAUAACAGUCCUCUGUCUCCUAGCAACAGCAUCAUCUUCUCACCUGAUAACAGAUCAGUGUCCAUCAGUCCAGUGCAGAGAUCAGACAGUGGGAAAUAUCAGUGUACAUAUACAAACCCUGUCAGCUCUGGGACGGCAACAUACAGCCUGAUCAUCAACUAUGGACCAGAAGAUGUUUCUAUUAAGGGUCCGGAUGUGGUGGAUUUAGGGGUUCGUGUGUCUCUGUCUUGCUCUGCAAAUUCUGAACCUUCUGCCUCAUUCAGAUGGACGUUUAAUGGAACAGACACCGGUGUGACCACAGACACAUUCACUAUAGAUGAGACUGACUUCACACACAGUGGAGAUUACGACUGCACUGCCUGGAAUAGUGUCACAAACAGAAGUGCCUCACAAAGACAUGCUUUACUAGUUAAAGGUCCAGCUGAAGGCAGUAUGACUGUUGGAUCAUUAUUUAGAGAGAUUGUGAUUAUUGUUAAGACUGCAGCAUUUGCUGCUCCUACUGUGAUUCUUCUUCAGAUCAUCUGUGCAAGAAGAGCUGGAAGGAAAGACUCACACCGCCCAGAGGACAUAGAGAUGCCUACUACAGUAUUAGAAUAAAACACACUCUGCAAAUAAAAGGCAAGAUUUAUCUUCAUGGUUGUGGAUAUUAUAAUUUUCCAGUGCUCCAUAUUGUAUAGACUGAUUUUAAUAUGAUAUUAAAUACAGUGAUCAACAACGCAAGACCUUAAUCACUUAAUAAGUACCUUAAUAAACAUGAAUGUUUAUUUCCAGACAGAAAUCAUAAUAUAAAUACAAUAUAAAUACCAAUUUCACUUUUCUAACUUCAUCUAAUCUUUAAACUUUUUACAGAAGGCUUAACAUUUUGUAAUGGUUAAUUUUGAUGAUGCUACACAAGUCUGUUAAUUAUCAUGGCAAACUGAAUGUACAGAUGGAUUUUGAUGGGUUUUUCUUUUUCUCUGAGCAUUUCAAUGCAAACACAAAUCCUAAUGUUGUCUACUGACCCUAAAUAAGAAAAUGUAUAAAUGAUUGUCUUCCCCACCCUCAACAUGCUUCAACAUGUUUUUGUCAUGUAUGCAUAAAUAUAAUUUCACAAUUUGCAAACUUUUUUUGGUCUUCAAAUAUGUGCUUAUUUUAAUUUUAUUUAACAGUCAAAAAUAUAAAAGAGGGAGUUAUUUAACCUUGAUAUUGGGUUAAUAUCCAAUAAAAUAAAAGAGAGAAUAUAGUAUUUAUUAUUUUCAUACACUAGAAGCCAUUAGAGAAAAAGAAUAAAUAAGAAAUGUUAAUCAAACAACAACAUUCACAAGAAAAAAUUAAAACCACUCAUAUCUCUUGGCUGGAUAACUUUGGAUAAGCUUAAAUAAGCCAUCUAAAACUGAAAAUUAAUACAAGGAUACCUUUUUU